AUGUCAGACGCCAACAAACCCUCGUCCAAUCCAAGUUCGGGCCCAUCAUCGGCAGCUGCGUCUCCCCUGCCGGCCAGCGCGGUCCCUGCGGCACGCUCCCCAGCAGGUCAAGGAGACAACGACAGGGGUCUCAUGCUGCCCCCUCCUGUCCCCGCAAAGUUUGGGCAUAGCCCCAGCGGGAGUCUGAGUAAAGCUGGACCCCCUCGAAUGGCCCGUCUGCCUUCUCUCAAACAGCUCUCCGAACACCUCAAAUAUCACCCCUCCGCUUCAUCCCCUACCUCCCAGUCUCCCAAUCCCUUCGAGGCUGUGCCAGUCUCAUCGAAUAGCCCAGCCGGUGCAGGCCCUCUGCGGAUCACCACCAACCCUUCAGCUCUUGCCGGAUCUAACGGAGCUCCCAUGAGCGGAACCUCCAACUCGCCUAUUGUCGCUCCUAGCCCUAGCGGAAGACUGAAACUGCCUGCAAGCGCCAUGAUGCGUUCCCUCUCGGCGGGUUCUAACGGCGGUAUUCUGCCCACAAUCAAUUCUCCUCGCACUGCGACCGGCCCCGAGGCCGGGUCUCCUGCUUCAUCUUCCCCUGCCCCAAGGACUGCGGCAAGCGAGCUUGCCAAGAGCAUUCCCGGCGGUCUGGGCGAUUUCAAAGAGCCUGCUUCUGGCAGUCCUGUGACGCACUCUCGCUCACCCUCGCUCGCGGGAACUGGUGCCGAAGGUAGUGCUAGCAUGUCGAGAGGAGUCAGCAAGGACGGGGUUCAUGGCUAUCGGGAUGUACCCACUUUGGAGGAGAUUCGGAGGAGGGUCAGUGUCUCCAAGGGGACUGGAAAUCAGGCGAGUGGAAGCGGGCAUAGGAUGGGUCUGCCAUCCAUGUGGAUGGACCCCGAGGAAAAGACGGAGGAGAAGCAGGAGGAGGUCAAGGAGGUUGAGAAGAGCAAGCCUACUCCUGUCGACGCUGCCUCGACAACUCCCGUCGACAAUGCUGGGAAGAAGAAGGAGCAUCCUUUGCAGCACGCUUGGACUCUUUAUUACGAUUCCAAAACCUACAAGCCCGAUCCCUCCACUCUGCCGCAAAAGCAAGGUGACAUUUUGGCAGACUAUGAGAUGACGCUAUUGACUGUAGGCAAAUUCGAGACUAUCGAGGGAUUCGCCCGCCACUUCAACAACAUCCGCCUCCCAAGCCAGCUCUCCCCGUCAUCCAACUACCACAUGUUCAAGAACGGCAUCCGGCCCAUGUGGGAAGAUCCCGCCAACGCCAACGGCGGUAAAUGGGUGGUCCUCUUCCGCUCGUCCCCCGGUACCAUGGACUUUGCAUGGGCCAACUUGACGAUGGCGCUUGUCGGAGAGAUGCUCGACCCUGAGGACCAGGUGUGUGGUAUUGUGGCGAGCGCCAGACCAAAGAUCGACAGGAUCCAGCUUUGGACGCGAGGCAGAACGGACCAGGAAGGACUCAACAAGUUGGGCAAGAGGAUUGUGGAGGUGAUGGCGUUGGAGGGGAGGGAUUUGGAGUCCAUGUCUAUGGAAUACCAGUACAACACUAGCGACUCUAAACCUCCUGCUGGAGCCUUCCUCCACAUCCCCUUCCCCAUUCGCAACAUUGGCCCACCUUCCACUCCCUCUCGAUCCAUAUCGACCUUCCAAGGCCCUCCUGGUAGCGCCUUUGGCGGUGGUGCCACUCCGCGAAGCAACCUCGCACCCUCUUCCAACCUCACCCACCCGUUGCCACUUCCCCCAAAAUCACCAUCCGUCCAUGUGACUGACUCCGCCCCGACAAUGAGGAGAGGGCUGAGUGGGGGUGUGGGCAAUCCAUUUGCAGGACCUUUGGGUCUGGCAAGGAGUGCAAGCCAUAACACCCGAGAGGGGAUCGCAGGUCACUAA